AUGCACGCCGUGCUCCGGACACUGGCGGCCUGCGCGCUGCUGCUGCUGACUGCGCGCAGUGAAGCCGCCUCGUGCGACACCGCCGGCACCGUGGUGCUCAUGUCCGGCAGCGACAACACGCAGGCCGUCGUCGUGGACGCCGACUGCAGCGAGACCGAGGUGGACGUGAGCAAGAACACGCUCACGGCCAGUAGCAUGGGCAUCCAGAAGGUGCUGAGCGCGCCCGACGUCAAGACAAUUGACUUGUCGCUGAACAACAUCUCCUCGGUGGCGCUGACGGACCUGACGACGCUCAAUAAAUUGACGCUGACGUCGAACAUCUUCACGAGCUUCAGCAAGCUGGCGAUCCCCGACUCGGUCACGAACCUGGACCUGAGCUGGAACGACAUCGCGUCGUUCGACGGCAUGAGCCUGCCUGACACCAUGACGCAGCUCUUCCUGGGCGGCAACCCCAUCACGUCCGUCGCGGGCGUGACCUUCCCGUCCUCGCUGACGCUGCUGUACAUCCACAACCUGAAGCUGUCCACGUUGAAGGGCGCAACUUUCCCAGACUCCGUCCAGUACUUGUCACUGGUGCAGUCGGGCCUCUCCAGCUUGAGCGGCGUGAGCUUUCCGGACAGCCUGCAGUACAUUGACUUCUCGUACAACACGAUCACGUCCAUGCCUGACGGAUUCCCCUCUACGGUGAUUCAGAUCACCGCUACGAACAACAUGAUCGCAGAGCUGUACAAGUACUCGUUCCCGUCCAGCGUCACGACGUUGAACUUCUCUGGCAACCCCAUCGAGUCCAUCAGGGGCGUUUCGUUCCCGCUCGCGCUGUCGAAGCUGGAUCUGGGCUCCAACGAGAUCACGAACUUUGAGAUUUCGCGCUCGGACUACUCCACGUUCAAGGACCUGGACAUGUUCAACGCAGUAGUCGCCCAGACGAGCUGCUCCACCUCCGGCGCGGAGCUUGUCGCCGUAUCCGGCUACAGCAUUUGCGUCAUCUCGGACGAGCUGUUCGAGUCCACGUACGGCAACUCGUCGAGCAAGUCGUCGUCGAGCGCCGAGAGCGCGAGCACCACGCCGAUCAGCAACAGCAACGGCAACAGCACCAUCCUCAUCGUGGUGAUCUGCAUGGCCGCCGUGCUGGCCGUGGCUCUCGCGGCAUUCGCCUUCCGCACGUACCGCGUGCGUCAGACCAAGGAUGUUUCUGGAAGAGACGUGGGCGACAAUUUCUUCGCCAACAACACACUCAUGGACACGGCGUCGCAUUCUGGCCGAGGCAACCAUCCCAGCAACCCGAGCAACCAGCAGAACUCGGCCUCUUACAACACGAUCUUCAGCGGUGGCAAGAUCACCAUGAUGGGCGGGACGGCCAUCGAGUCGGCCCUCGUCAAGUACCGCGUCCCCGCGAACGAGGUGCAGAUCGAGCGGUCUAUUGCCAAGGGCGGCUUCGGCAUUGUGUUCCUCGCGACGUACCAGAGCCGCCCCGUUGUGGUCAAGAAGAUCCUCCCGGAGAAGGCUGCGGACGAUCGCUGUCUGAGCGCGUUCAUCGAGGAGAUCAAGCUCAUCUCGUCGCUCUCGCACGCCAAGAUCGUGCGCUUCAUCGGUGUGAGCUGGAGCAUGCUCUCGGACAUGGCCGUGCUGAUGGAGUACAUGCCCAACGGCGACCUGGACAUGCUGCUGAAGCAGCAGCACGAGCGGCAAGAGAUGUACCCGAAGGAGUUCGACUGGUACCAGAACUCGUCCGUGCUGCCGGCCAAGGCGGCCAUCGCUCUGGACGUGCUGGAGGCCAUUGUGUACCUGCACUCGUUCCCGUCGCCGAUCAUCCACCGCGACCUCAAGUCGAAGAACGUGCUCCUGAGCGCCUCGUACGAGGCCAAGCUGAGCGACUUCGGUGUAAGUCGCGAGUGGCAGGUGGACACGACGAUGACUGCGGGUAUCGGUACGAUGGCGUGGAUCGCGCCCGAAGUGCUGCGCGGCGAGCGGUACACGGAGAUGGCCGACAUCUACUCGUUCGGCGUGAUCCUGUCGGAGCUGGCCACGUGCAUCAAGCCGUUCGAAGGCGUGACGAACGCGCUGAUCGUCCUCAAGGUCACGAGCGAAGAGAAGCCCGACCUGGGAACCAACUGCCCCGAGGACAUCCGCGAGCUGGCCGACCGCUGCUUAAGCUUCAACCCCAACGACCGCCCGAGCGCCAGCCAAGUUCCAAGACGGAAGCGCGAGGAGGGAGGCGAGCAGAGCGAGAGAAAGCGGCGACGAGGUUCCAGCAUCAGCAUGAGCGCACGCGCCGCACCCACUUUCCUGGGUAGUGUCAUUAGUAAAUCUGUUAAAAAAGCGUGCGUUUGA